ACUAAUAGCACUCAGUUGAAUCCGCCGCCGUCCUUCCCUUCGCCCAUACGCCGGCCGUCGCCGAUUGCCUGCGUCUCGCGACUGGCAUUCGCCACUUCCUCCUCCCUCCGUCUCUUCUCCGCUAAACACUCCUCCGUCCAGAAGCUGCACCUCCAUCCCCUUUCCUCUCAUCUCCUUCAGUCGUCCUCCGCCUACGUCGAGCAGACCUGCAGCGACGCGUCGAAGAGCGACCGGCGGGUGAACUACGACUUCUGCGUCAACCGCCUGUACAAGAGCCCUUGGUCGACGGAGGCAGACACGUGGCGGCUGGCGCAGAUCGCCGCCGAGCUCGGGCUGAACACCACGGAGGUCGGGAAGAGCAAGAUGGACGAGCGGGUGCCGUCCGAGCGGGACGCGGCCGUGAAGGCGCUCCUCGAGGCUUGCUCGACCAACUACGACGACAUGGGGACGGCGUUGGCCAAGGCCGACGACGGCAUCCGGGCGAGGGACUACGGCUUGGCGAAGGGGCUGCUGACGCAGGCCAUCGGCAUGGGGUCGCAGUGCGGGAGCAGCUUCUCCAAAGCCGGAAAGGCGGCGCCGGCGGUCGUCGCUCAGCUCGACAGCGAGGGCGUCAACUUGUCGAUCUUGUGUUACGCCAUCACCAACUUGCUCAAGUAGCGAUCGGUCGUCGGCCGGACGUUGAGCACCGUGACGAAUAAAAACGCUGACUGUUCAACUUCUGCUUUAAUUUCAAAAAUCAGAAAUAUUUGGUACUGAAAUGGAAAUAAAAAGAUAAAUAUUUGCAUUUUACCAAACGA